AUGAACAAAGAGGAAACUGGCAGGCGGUUGCUUGAGAAAUUUUGGUGGCUCAUCAACUUAGCUGAUGACAGGGGAAAAACUGCUCUAAACAACGCCAAAGAAGCAUGUGUCCCCUGGCUUGUAUGUUUGCUGAUGAACCCUUCUUUAAUCCAAAAAGAACCCUUCGAUUGGAUUACAGCAUGCGAGCGAUCAGAUGAAACCUGGGCUGUAUAUGCCUUCAUUGAUAGUUGUCAAGAUCUUCAGAUGAUGUGCCGCGACCAAAAUGACACUCCUCUGCACCACAUCAAAUUACGAACUUACAGAGAUUACUUUAAUUUCCUCAAGAUACCAUCCAUUGCAGAGCUUAAGAAUACAAUCGAUUAUGAGGGUGCAACGCCUUUGCAUCGAGCACUCGAGAGGAAGGACAUGAAUCUAGCUAGGGCACUACUCAUUGAUAAUGGGGUUGAGCGAAACAUGGAGGACUAUCAUGGUGCAACUUCCAUGGAUUUGCUUGCCAAGCUUUGCAAAGAAAAUGACCACUGGGCGAAGAUGUGCAAACAAAUCAAAGUAAAUCCAUACCUGAAAACAACAUACAUCCAACCUGGGACGAAUCUGGACCAGAUGCGAAACACACUCUCUGUGGUUGCAGCUCUGUUGGCAACAAUUACAUUUGCAGCUGGGUUCACUCUUCCUGGUGGCCUUAACAGUGUAACUGGCGAUGCUAUUCUCGGAAAGAGAGCAUCAUUUCUAGUGUUCUUACUAUCAGAUGCAUACGCCAUGUGUACAUCCAUGUUCGUCUUGUUUUGCUUGAUAUGGUCCAUGGUUUCUGACCGUGAUAUGUCAUAUUUAUUGGUUGAUCGCAGUGUUCUGAUACUUAUGCAAUCCCUAUAUGGGACGAUGGUUGCAUUUAUGACCGGCAUUUAUACUGUAAUUGGCCAUAGCUCUUUGUGGGCAGCCAUCAUUAUCUUUGCCAUGUGCUCUUUCAUUGGAAUUUCAGCUAAUAGAACCAUUUUGCAUAACGUACUUGCCAAGUUAAUCCCUGCAGCAAACCAAGACCGGAAAGAUAAAUUUCGAUUGCUUGAAGAGGGAAAAGCAUCUAGUUCUGGAAAUAAGGACUCUCAGGGAGGCGAGGGAACAUACAACGAUGCACAUGAAAACCACGAAGAUCACAUCCCAUUGCUGAAAGAGGGAGAAGCAUCUAUUACUCAGAAUGAUAAUUCUCAACAAGCCACGUUAAUUCCUGCAGCAAGCCAAGACCAUGAAGAUAAACUACAAUUGCUUGAAGAGGGAAAAACAUCUACUUCUGGAAAUAAUAACUCUCCGAGAGUCAAGGGAACACACAACGAUGCACAUAAAAACCACAAAGAUCAAAUCCCAUUGCUGAAAGAGGGAGAAGCAUCUAUUACUCAAAAUGAUGGCUCUCAACAAGCCAAGUUAAUCCCUGCAGCAAACCAAGAGCAGAAAGAUAAAUUUCGACUGCUUGAAGAGGGAAAAGCAUAUAGUUCUGCACAUAAAAACCACAAAGUUCAAAUCCCAUUGCUGAAAGAGGGAGAAGCAUCUAUUACUCAGGACGAUGGCUCUCAACAAGCCAAGUUAAUCCCUGCAGUAAACCAAGACCAGAAAGAUAAAUUUCGAUUGCUUGAAGAGGGAAAAGCAUAUAGUUCUGCACAUAAAAACCACAAAGAUCAAAUCCCAUUGCUGAAAGAGGGAGAAGCAUCUAUUACUCAGAAUGAUGACACUCUCAACAAGCCAAGUUAACAUGUAGCAGUUGAAGGGAGAAAACGUCAACUUUUAGAUAUUUACUUUGGGGUUUCAGAUUAUGUAGCAGUGAUGCAGAUUUACCUACUUAAUUCUUCUUUAUUUGUUCUGAGUUUAAUACAGAAAAGAUUUAUAUCAUGCGCUAACAGCUUUUUGUGUAUAUUGGGGCCUGGGGAGGGCGGAGAUCCUAUUGUUACUAUUCAAAGAUGAAUGUUUUCAUUGGAAAUAGUUGACUGUUUGCUCUUUUAUAUAGCCCCACUUAAUAUUUAUUGA